GGGGGGGGGGGGGGGGCAAUAAAUCGUACAUGCUCCUCCCCCUUGCAUGAACCAUGCAGAAUAGGGAAUGCGAGUGGCAAUGAAAUCGAAGUGGCGCCGUUUCACGAUGUUAGCGAGAACUAUCAGGUUAUAUGAAUGAUUUCAUGGUAAUGGUAGCCACUGGCCUUUCAGGGAAAUGUUUCGCAUAUCAUUCAGCGAAACCAAGCGAACAAUAUAUAACAGUGUCUGGUCAAAAUAAGGCAUAGACUAGGAUUCACAUCGAGGUAGGCCCAACAACUUUGGAUUAUACGUGUCAUGUAUAACAAGUUAAGGCUUGAUACGCAUAAAGAUUCUGUGUGAAAUCCAAUAUGGCAGCCACAGCCACUCCAGAGACCAAAAAGCCUAAAGUUUGUCUCGUCUGCCUACAAGAAUCUGAACAUCUGAAAUUGGUUGGCGAGUGCCAUCAUGCAUUUUGUGAACCAUGCAUACAGAACCACCUCCAAGAACGCAAUGGUGAAUUGACAUUUCCUUGUCCCUCGUGCCAUGGUGACUGUAUGAUUCCAACAGGUGCGGUCGGGACUUUGCCUGAUUUCGUCCCGACAGAGACCGAGGACACUAUUGCUGAUGCAACCUUGGAAACUACUAGUAGUCUGAGCGAUGAUGUCAAGCAUGUCACCCGCAAAGUUGAGGUUGAAGAAGCAGCGGAAUCAGUCCCGCAAAAAGAUUGCACUAUUUGCGCUACGAAAGAUGUAGCCAGCUGUGCCAAAAAAUAUUGUGAGGAUUGUGACGUGUAUCUCUGCAAGGAAUGCAGUGAUGCCCAUGGUAAAAAAAUUGGGACAAAGAGACACGUUUUGACAGCUGCUGGUGCGGCGACACGUUCCAGCGCUGGGAUCUGCCGACAACAUAAUGACAGGCCACUGAAGAUGUACUGCAAUCCUUGCGCUGUCCCAUGCUGUUGCUUGUGCGUCGAAAGCAAGCACGGUGACCAUGACGUCUGCCUGAUUAAAAAUGUGCUUGAUGCCGGCAUCGCCCGACUAGAAAAAGUGAUAGAACUUGGAAAAUCAAAGUUGAAUGACCUUGGCAUCACAGAAUCCGUAGCAUUUUCGGUCAGGAAAGCCAAGCUGGAAUGGAAAGAGACUGUGAUUCGUACUGUUGAAGAGAAGGCUGAAAAGUGUGUUAAUAACAUCUUGAGGCAGAAAGAGGAGCUUCUGAAGACAAUCCGUGAAGAUUGUGAGACAUCAAGUGAGGAGGAAUGCCUGCGUGGGGUUGCAAGAAUUCGCGGAGAUAUCAGUGCCAAGAUUGAAGAAGGGCAACAUUUACUGGACAAUGCCAACGCUAAUCCGGAGAACUUGAAACGUUUGAGCGAAAUGGAAGUCAAGCUUGAGAAAGAGACACAGUCAGAUUUGAAUACUGUUCCAAAGAUGACUGCAGACACCAACAGACCGGUCUCAUUUCUGGAAGAGAGCGAACCUGUCAGAAGUAUUGGUUCGAUGUCAAAGACGCCGUUACUCAGAGCCAACAAGCUCCAUGAUCUUCAGAUGCCAACAGAUAUGGAAUUCACAUCCAUCCCCGAGAUCUGUUGCCUUGGCGAGUUGGGAUAUGCCGCCAUCUGUCGAAAGAAUGUAGAAUUGCCCGACCAAACGGUACAGUACAUUGACCAGCUGGUGAUAUUUGACAAGGAUGGAAAGGUUAAGAAUGUGGAGAAAGACCUGCCCAAGGUGUGCGGAAUGGAUGUUGAUGUACAAGACAGAGUAGUCUUGCUUCUACCUUGCAAGACGGAUGGCAUGUUCUUUUUCAGGCUCUAUGACCCUGAGAAGGACAAUACUGAAUCUUCUAAGGAAUUCCCUUUGAAGAAACCCCUCUCAUUAGCUAUGACACCUGAAGGUUGGUGCUAUGUCCUCUGCCAAAGAGAGGGAGAUACCCGCAUCAUCACGGUAGUGGAUAUGGAGGGAAACGUAACCCAAAUAUCUCCGAUUGCCAGUCCUGGGAUUGGGGAUCACUGCAGGAUUGCAUGCAGUAGUAAAUAUGUCUAUACAAUGGGGUUAUCAAAGAUAGCAGUCUGUGGGAUGGUAGAGGGAAAAAUGACAUUCUUGAGAGCUGUUGAAAUGAAUAAUAGCAUGGUCAGUUUGACUGUUAACUGGUUUGGCGACAUUCUAUACGCAAAAUACUCUCACACUAUGUACAGAGGUCACCGUUCAAUAACCUACACUGUAUGCAGACUGCAGGUGGAAACCCAGGGAUCCAAGCAAAUAUGUGGAAUAGACCCCGACAUCAGACUAAUUCACGUCAACAAUCACACCCUCAUAGGUCAAAGGGACAAAGCAAUUAGAGUGUAUGAGCUGAAGUGUUGAUCGGCUUCAGGUCAGUUGUCCUUUGGUUGCUCGCUUUGUAGCAAGGGCCCAGUGGGCUGGCUUUAUUAGCUGAUUGGUCAGUUGAGCGCAAACCAUAGUCAUCCCGUAUAGACAUCAUAUCUGGAAACAAAAUUCCGAAGUGUCGCAUUCAGUUGUAUCCUUCAGCAUGUUCAGUGGCAUCGUAUUCAGCUGUUAUACUCUUGUAUUGAAGUAUUCAAGAACAUUACAUUCUAUUAAAACAGUAAAGUUUUAUUAUACUUUCA